AUGCACGGGCAGAUCACCAGUGAAGCUGGCAGUACGGGCAGAGAUAAUCAGGAGGGACCAAUUCGAGCAAUGGGAAUGCUCGAUAUGAAAGACGGGGGCGAAUGGGAUGAUGGAGGCUCGGGGGCUCGAUGGUUGGAUGGUCAGUCGCGACACGCAAAACUCGCGGCCGCUGAGGUUGAGCCGCUAACCGUAUUGGGACUGGCGUGGAUUAGGUAA